GUCCAGGGGAGGGUCGUGUAAUUUGUAAUUGAUGAAAUGUAAAUAUUUCUUAGUGUUUUAGAAUGAGUUACUUAUUAGGCUAUAUAUCGCUGUGUGCCCGAUGCCACCUCUCAUCUCUGAUUCUCCACUGUGCACGCAAUAUUAAUUGUUAGUGUGGUCUCUAUUUAGUGUUGUCUCAAUCAAAUUAUCCAUAGCCUAUAGCCUAUAGCCUAUAGCCUACGAAGUGUAUGCUCGGAGUAGCACAGUGCAAAGUUAUACUUCUAAAAUAGCUACUGGGAUGGUGUAAAUAAAACUAGGCUGCAUUACACACUGCAAUGGAUAUUUCAACCCUGAGCCCUGCUCUGCUCAUGCUGGGCAAAAGGUUUUUGUGUGCUGCUUAACCAAUGCUGUGCUGAGUAGGUCUAGGAUGGCAGGUCAGGAGAAGAGUCAAAAGUUUCUUCCCCACAUUUUUUUGGAUUUAGGCCUAGUCCAAAAAAGAAAUAAUAUUGCGCGCGCGGACUUGCCUAUAGCCAUGUUCUGAACAGUUUGAGAAGGAGUCCACAAAGAUAAAAGGAGGACCAGAGAAAAAAACAUUGCUAGCUUGCUACUACUAUAACUUAUUUUAUUAAUAACAAUGUGUUUCUGGCCCAUUAUGUAUUUGAGUUGUUGACCUUAUCAUCCAGAUUCGAUUAGCUUACAUUGUGGUGUUGAAACUUGAAGCAGAUGCCGUGGCACAAUCAGUCGGAUAUGGACAGCUCAUGGUGCUGAAAUUCUUCAUUCUUCAUUUUACUAACAUCAAGAGGGCUUUGUGUUUGAGCCUAUUUCUUCCAAUUUAAGAAAUAAGAGGUAGGCCUACUUGUUUGACAGAUGAAAUGAGGCUAUAGGGUGCUAUAUGCAUAUUUGUUGGUCAAUUCUUCCACCCACCAUGCGUACAUUUUAAGGAAAUAGAAAAAAGCACAGUCCUAUCCAUUGUUAGCUUAAGAUUUUGAAGAAUAUAAAAUGGACCCGCUUUGGUCCACGAUGCUUUAUGCUAGAAACAAGCUGUAAAAUACCCAGGAAUGACGUGGUUCCGAUGGAUAUGGGGAUAUCAUUGUUUAGAUUAUUUGACAUUCAGAGGCUGACUUUGCUUGUCUUUGACUGAACACCAGGAGGGCCUACAUUUUGGGGAAAAUGCGCAGUACAAGCACAAGUGGGGUGCCCCCGAACCCCCCUGUAGCCAGAAACCACAACAACAGCCCUGGAAACUCAGGUUCCCAGUAUGCCUUGUGUGCCCUGGGGGUGGGGCUGGUGGCCCUGGGCAUCGUCAUGAUUGUGUGGAGUGUGGUGCCCUCCGACACGGCCGGGAACAACAGCGGUGGCACUGGAGGAGGGAACCCCAAACCAGACAACAGGGGCAGGGCUUCGUCGGUGGCCUUUGUGCUGGUCGGGGCUGGGGUGGCCAUGCUCAUGCUGUCCCUGUGCCUGGGGAUGAGGAACAAGCAGCGGGAGCAAGCUCUUCAAGAGGCCCAGACUCUGGGGGCAGACAACGUAGUUGCCAGUGGGGAGGACGGAGAGACGUGAGUACUGUAGCUACUGAAUAAUAACUGAAAUAAUUACUGACCUCAGCAGGUUUGUUUGCUCAGGGUUCAUUGCAGGGAUGGGCAAUCCCUUUACUACUUUUACUAACCUUUGCCUUGCUCCUAGAUGUUUAACAUCACAUGAUGUACACCAGAUGAUGUCAUCAGUGUUUCCGGAUAUUGUCAUCGGACAACACUUACAGUUGAAGUCGGAAGUUUACAUAUACUGUAUGUAUUGUAUAGACCUCCCAAGUCUGGUUCAUCCUUGGGAGCAAUUUCUAAAUCCCUGCAGGUACCAUGUUCAUCUGUACAAGCAAUAGUACGCAAGUACUAAACACCAUGGGACCACACAGCCGUCAUACCGCUCAGGAAGGAGCUGCGUUCUGUCUCCUAGAGAUUAACUUACUUUGGUGCGAAAAGUGCAAAUCAAUCCCAGAACAACAGCAAAGGACCUUGUGAAAAUGCUGGA